AUGGCGGGCGGCAGCACGUUCACCUGGUCUCAUGCCCUACGAAUCGAUUCAACACGAUCGCCAUUCGAGUCGCCGCUACCCCAAACACACAAAGCCUUCGCAGGAGUCAAACCAGUGUCAUGGAAACGCUACAACAUCGCCGGUAUACUCGUAACAGUCCUGGGAUUGGAAGAGCUACCACAACGACCGGAGGAAAUCACAUGCCUAUGGCUGCUUCAUGGACGAGGUGAUACACAAGACAGCAUGGCGUACACAGCAGCGGCCAUGCUCAAAGCUUGGAACUCGAAGAAGAAAGCUGGACAGAAGAGUCUGAUAUGCGUCUGCUUCGAUCAACGAAAUCACGGCAGUAGGAUGAUUGACAACCUGAACAACCUGUCGUGGAAACAAGGCAAUCGAACCCAUGGCCCAGAUAUGUUCAAUUGCUAUGUUGGCACCGUACAGGAUCUUUCGUCUUUAAUGACGAAGUUGCCGAUGUACUUGGGCUUCAAGAUCAACGAUCACAUUUGUGGUGGUGUCAGUCUAGGAGGCCACGCUACUUGGGUAGCUCUCAUGACCGAGCCUCGAAUAAGCGCCGGUCUAGUCGUGAUUGGAUGCCCCGAUUAUACGAGCCUCAUGACCGACCGAGCAAUACGCAGUAAACUCCAGUCUACGUUGACCACAGAUCCUCCAGGUCUUGACUUUCUCGGAUCGCAGGACUUUCCACAACCCCUCAUUGCUUCCAUAGAACAGCACGACCCAGCCGGCAUUCUUCUCGGCGAAUUGGACGUGUACUCUCCAGAUGACCAUCUCAGUCCGCCUUCAGACUCGGAAGUCAAACGUCUACGACCUAUCAUCGAGCGGACGCUGGCCGGCAAGAAGGUCUUAUGUCUUAGCGGAGGUAAAGACAAGCUCGUGCCUUACAAGCAAGGAGAGAUGUUCUUGACGUGGCUGAAGAAAGCUAUCGAUAAGGAAUCUGGCUGGUUCAAAGACCAGGGCAUCGAGCUGGAAGACAUCCAAGAUCCGCAAUCUGGGCAUGAGUUCUCGGCUUUGAUGCGGACGGAAGCUGAGCGCUGGUUGUGUGAUACGCUUGCUAGCGAUCAUUCUGCGGUACGAUCCAGUAGACUGUAG